CAACACUAAUCAAUUUUGUUGGAAAUAAGGAACAUCGUCGUUAUCCCCGAAGAAAUCCCAUUUGUUAGUUAGUCAAACUAUGAUCAUAUUUUCUUAUUUAUAUAUAAUCCAUCAUUCACGCAUCCAUAAAGCGCUCUUUCUUUUUCCUCUUCCUGACGAAUAACAUCGAUAAUUUUCUUCGUUCAAUCAAAGGAGAAAGGAAACAUGUCAAAGGAGGAUGUUUUUGUUGGCGCCAUUGACCAAGGAACCAGUAGCAGCAGGUUCAUAAUCUAUGACAAAUCUGCUCGUCCAAUUACAUCUCACCAAGUUGAAUUCACUCAAUUCUAUCCACAGGCUGGGUGGGUGGAGCAUGAUCCAAUGGAGAUCUUGGAGAGUGUGAAGGUUUGUGUUGCUAAGGCUGUGGACAAGGCUACAGCUGAUGGAUUCAAUGUGGAUAAGGGUUUGAAGGCUAUUGGCAUCACCAAUCAGAGGGAGACUACCCUUGUUUGGAGCAAAUCCACUGGUGCCCCUCUUCACAAUGCUAUUGUUUGGAUGGAUGUUCGUACCACUUCGAUUUGCAGGAGAUUAGAAAAGGAGUUAUCUGGUGGGAAAGGCCACUUUGUGGACAGCUGUGGUUUGCCGAUAAGCACAUAUUUCAGCGCCACGAAGCUGCUGUGGUUGAUGGAAAAUGUAGACGCCGUCAAGGAGGGUAUAAAGAAAAAAGAUGCCCUGUUUGGAACUGUAGACACUUGGUUAAUAUGGAAUUUAACCGGAGGGAAGGACGGAGGAUUGCAUGUAACUGAUGUAUCAAAUGCAUCUCGGACGAUGCUGAUGAACCUGAAGACCCUUGAUUGGGAUCCUGCUACCUUAAAAACCCUUGGAAUCCCUGGUGAAAUUUUGCCUAAAAUUGUUAGUAAUGCCGAGGUCAUAGGAAAUGUUGCUACCGGGUGGCCGAUCAAAGGGGUACAAAUUUCGGGAUGUUUAGGGGAUCAGCACGCAGCGAUGCUAGGACAAGUGUGCCGUAAAGGAGAAGCUAAAAGCACUUAUGGCACAGGUGCUUUCAUACUUCUAAAUACCGGUGACAAAGUAAUUAAGUCAAACCAUGGUCUUCUAAGCACCAUUGCUUACAAGCUUGGCUCCAAGGCUCAAACCAAUUAUGCGCUGGAAGGAUCGGUUGCUAUUGCUGGAGCUGCAGUGCAGUGGCUUAGGGACAAUCUUGGGAUUAUUUCUAGUGCAUCGGAUAUAGAGGCUAUGGCAUCACAGGUUGAAAACACGGGUGGCGUUUACUUUGUUCCUGCUUUCAAUGGAUUGUUUGCUCCGUGGUGGCGUGAUGAUGCUCGGGGGAUUGUCAUUGGAAUAACAAGGUACACAACCAAGGCUCACAUAGCUCGUGCUGUACUUGAGAGCAUGUGUUUUCAGGUGAAAGAUGUGGUGGACUCGAUGCAAAAAGAUUAUGGAAACGAUAAAAAAGAUGGCGUGCUCAGAGUGGAUGGUGGUGCAACUAUUAACAACUUGCUGAUGCAGACUCAGGCAGAUUUGUCUGCAAUGCCGGUGAUUAGGCCAUCUGACAUAGAGACGACAGCGCGUGGAGCAGCCUUUGCUGCUGGGUUAGCAGCUGGUAUUUGGAAAGAAGAUUUUAUCUUCGAUACGGCGGAACAGAUGAAGAAAGCUACUACCUUCCGUCCGAUAAUGACCGAGGAAGUGAGGAAGAAGAAGGUGGAGUGCUGGAACAAAGCUGUUAAUAGAAGUUUUGACUUGGCUGAUCUUUCAUUUGAAUUAUGAUCUACAUUGGAAAGAAAGUCUUCUUUCAAUUUCAAUUUGAACAAAGUUGUCCUGUUUUUCUUUACCAUUUCUUUUAUAAAUAAUAGAAAUCACCUGCUAAA